GCUGCUGCUGCUGCUGCUGCUGCUGAACUCAGCUGCUGCUUCCAGCACUCCCCCCUACACAAUGCUGCCUGCUGCCCUAACCUCCCUUCUGGGGCCAUUCCUUUUGGCCUGGGUGCUGCCUCUUGCCCGAGGCCAAACCCCCAACUACACGAGACCUGUGUUCCUGUGCGGAGGGGAAGUGACCGGGGAGUCAGGUUACGUGGCAAGUGAGGGUUUCCCCAACCUCUACCCCCCAAACAAGAAGUGCAUCUGGACAAUCACGGUGCCUGAGGGCCAGACUGUGUCCCUGUCCUUCCGAGUCUUCGAUAUGGAGCUCCACCCUUCCUGCCGCUACGAUGCUCUGGAGGUCUUUGCUGGCUCUGGAACCUCAGGCCAGCGACUUGGACGCUUCUGCGGCACCUUCAGGCCCGCACCUGUAGUUGCGCCUGGCAACCAAGUGACNCUGAGGAUGACAACUGACGAGGGCACUGGGGGACGAGGCUUCCUGCUCUGGUACAGCGGCAGAGCCACUUCAGGCACUGAGCACCAGUUUUGCGGGGGGCGGAUGGAGAAGGCGCAGGGAACCUUGACCACGCCCAACUGGCCUGAGUCGGAUUACCCACCAGGCAUCAGCUGUUCCUGGCACAUCAUUGCACCCUCAAACCAGGUACUGACCUUCUUGCCUAGGCUGCCCACCAGCGUGUUCAACGGAGCUGUGAGUGACGACUCAAAGAGGCUGGGGAAAUUUUGUGGAGACAAGGCCCCUAGCCCCAUCUCUUCCGAAGGGAAUGAGCUCCUGGUCCAGUUUGUAUCGGACCUCAGUGUCACCGCAGAUGGCUUCUCAGCCUCCUACAGGACUCUGCCACGGGAUGCCGCAGAAAAGGAGUCGGCCCUGAGUCCAAGGGAGGAUGUACAGCGUGGUCCCCAGUCCCGCUCUGACCCNAAGACAGGAACUGGGCCCAAAGUCAAACCACCCANUAAACCUAAAUCCCAACCUGCAGAGAAAUCAGAGGCUCCCCCUGCUACCCAGGCGACUCCAGCGGCCCCAGCUGCCCCCAGCAUCACCUGCCCAAAGCAGUACAAGCGGUCAGGCACUUUGCAGAGCAACUUCUGUUCCAGUAGCCUAGUGGUGACGGGAACAGUGAAGACCAUGGUCCGGGGCCCUGGGGAGGGNCUCACUGUCACCAUCAGUCUCCUUGGUGUCUACAAAACCGGAGACUGGACCUACCCUCUCCGCCCACUGGCACCUCUCUGAAGUUGUAUGUGCCCUGCAGGCAGAUGCCCCCCAU